GAAGCAGCUGUCUGUCACCGCGGAGCCAAAACACGGUCCAAUACUCGGUUUAUCUCAAGUUUGGAAACAUAAACGGAGUCUUUUUAGUGGUGAGGAUGUAUCUCUUCGCAGUUUUCGUCCUUUUGGGGACGGGACUGACAGUAAACAGCGAGAUUCACUCCCUCAAGUACAUCUACACCGCCUUCUCCAAACCUGUCGAACUUCCGGGCAUCCAUGAGUUCACAGCUAUGGGUCAGAUGGACGGCAGGAUGAUCGACUACUAUGACAGUGAUGUCCAGAAAAAAGUUGCCAAGCAGGAAUGGAUGAAGGAUAAACUUCCUGAAGACUACUGGGAGAAAGGCACACAGUCCCGCCAAAGCAAGCAGCAGUGGUUCAAAGUCAACAUCGACAUCCUGAAGAAACGAAUGAAUCAGACCGAUGAUGAUCUCCGUGUUCUUCAGUGGAUGCACGGCUGUGAGGGUGAAACAGGGCCUGAUGGCACAUUAAAGUUUGUCCGUGGUGUGGACAUGUACAACUAUGAUGGACAAGACUUCCUGUCCUUUGAUGACGCCCACUCAGUGUGGGUUGCUGCCGCUGAUAUAGCAGUCCAGACCAAGAGAAAGUGGGAUGAAGUCCAGGUCCUAAAAGAAUACACCAAAGGCUACCUGGAGAACGAGUGUAUCGAUUGGUUGAGCAAAUUCAUGACAUACGGGGAAAAACAGCUGAAAGCUGCCUCUAAGCCAGAUGUGCACGUGCUCGCUAAGAAGACCAGAAUUGAGUCAAACCUCAUGUUGAGCUGCCUGGCCACAGGUUUCUACCCAAAAGACAUCAUCCUUAUCAUCAGAAGGAACGGCCGCGUUCUGACUAGAGAGGACGGGUUGAUCUCCUCAGGCGUUCGACCAAAUGGAGACGACACCUUCCAGAGAAGAGACAGUGUGGAGAUUUUAAAGAGUGACAUCGCUUCAUUCACAUGUGAAGUCAUUCACAAAGCAUCCAGUGUAUUUGUUAAGAAGGAUUGGGAUCAUAAAGUUGAUGGAGGAAAUAACAUCGGCAUUAUUGUUGGUGGGGCGAUUGGGGGCCUGCUCGUUGUUGUACUCGUGGCUGUAGUGCUGGUGGUGUUGAAGAAGAAAGGGAAAUUUGGAUCCAAUCAAUCUCCUACAAGCGGUCGUUCCAGCUCUUCUGGUUCUGGUCAAGCAGAUCCGGAGGAAGCUGUUCCCUUAAACAAAUCUCCGGUAGUGUCCGUCAUCACUGUCAAAGGGUCCAAGGAGUCUGUGAACAGCGGUGAUUCUGGUCGCUCUACUGGAUCUGUCCCCAAUGAUGAAGAUGUGGCCAAACCUCUCCUGGAUGAUGAGAAGAAAAAUACAGCUCCACCAGAUGUGCACGUGUUUGCUAAGAACACCAGAAUUGAGACACACCUCAUGUUGACCUGCCUGGCCACAGGUUUCUACCCAAAAGACAUCAUCCUUAACAUCAGAAGGAACGGCCACAUUCUGACUAAAGAGGACGGGUUGAAGUCCUCAGGCGUUCGACCAAAUGAAGACGACACCUACCAGAGAAGAGACAGUGUGGAGAUUUUUAAGAGUGACAUUUAUUCAUUCACAUGUGAAGUCAUUCACAAAGCAUCUGGUGUAUCUGUUCAGAAGGAUUGGGAUCAUAAAGUUAAUGGAGGAAACAACAUCGGCAUUAUUGCUGGGGUGAUUGUAGUCCUGCUCGCCGUUGUCGUACUCGUAGCUGUAGUGCUGGUGGUGUUGAAGAAAAAAUUGAUAAUUGGAUGUGCUAAACCCGCCAAUGGAUCCAAAGAAUCUCUCAACAGCGGUAAAACCAGCUCUUCUGGUUCUGGUGGUUCUGAAGUCCCCAAAAAUGAAGGUGUGGCCAAACCUCUCCUGGAUGAUGAGGAGAAAGACAAAGGGUCGAAGGAGUCUCUGACCAGCAAGGACUCUGGUGUAUCUGCUGGAUCUGACAACAGCUCAUCCACCAGCUCCAGUGUCUCUUCCCAGAAAGAAAAUAAGAAAACAACCUGAAGUCUGAGAGGAACCAACUUGUAAGAAAAAAAGGGAAGGAGAUAUAAGACAAGGCAGUAAAACAAGAACAAAGUAUUUAAUUUAUAGAGUUUUCCAAGUUAAUGGAUAACUUUGAAAUUUAAAAUUAAACUUUAAAGUUGAUGAUGAGGACUAGAAUAGUAGUUGUGAAAAGACACUGCUCUGUGGUUGUAAUGUUUUAGCAGUGAUACUAAAGUGCAGGCAUUUGGUUUUACGGGGGGGAAAUGGAUAUUGUUGUCAUGAUUUUAGCAUAUAGUUAUCAAGAAUUCAGAAAUGUUUAAACAAUCUUGGUGGCCAUUUGAGCAGAGUUUUCUUAUUGUGAAAACAAGUGCAAUUGUAAAGUCUAUCGUUGGUGCUUUACAAAGCAAUCUAAACACACAGUCAGUCUGUCAGUGUUCAGGUUUUUAAGUGUAGAUGGUAUGAUGUGACUGCAGGGUAAAAGCUGUUUACUGUGUGCAUCAGGGGGAGGACAAGUCAGUGCAGGUACAUCUGCCUCAGUUUGGGAGGGAGAGAGAGUGUGAGAGCAGGGUGCACAGCUCUAAAAAAGAAAAUCAAUUUGUGGCAGGCCUUUUAUUGUAUAAAAUAAAUAAUGCAAGGCGACUGGGGGCCGAAGCCAACUGCCACAAACAACAGCAACAAAAAACCUGUCAUACUGUAAGCUCUACACUAGCCUCUCAGUUCCAGCCUCCCCCUUCCACUCUCAGCUUAUUACAGUUAUCAUUGUUACAGGUAGCUGACAUAACGUACAAGCCUCACAGCAUCUAAGCUGACAACAUGUUCACUAACACUGGAAAUACCAGCACUUCACCUCAGCAGUCCCACUGUCCCAACUUUUAAUACAGUAACUCAGUCUGUUAGUGUGUAUAUUCUUUCUUUGUAGCUUUCUUCCUAACUUCACUUGCCUAAAAUGGUUGAAAAAAAUUCUUCCAUGCCUUUUUAACCUGAACCUCAAAGUGAGAGAAACACUAUUAUUUUAUAUAACUGAGGAGGGUCUGUUUUAAUCGUGGAACGUCAUGUCGAGCCUCGGGAAGGAGAUAAGAAAAGUGUGACCUGUAAGCAACUAAACAAAGGUCAUGUUUAAUUUUUAAAAAGGAAUCUACUUUAAAUCUGAAAAUAUUUUAUUAAAGUUUAGACAUCAUUAAUCACAGCUACACACCUCAAGCAAAUGUUAAAUGCUACAGUAGAUCUAUGCAGCAUGAUAAGAAUAAGUGUUUCUUCUUUAUGUUUUUACUUUUAUAAGAGUUUUUACUUUGUGAUAAAUCUGUUUAUCGUAUUUCAAAACAAAACUUUAGUCAAAUUUGACGAGAAUUGAUAAUUAAUUUUUUAAGACAGAUCAUGAAAUGCAGAAUUAUGAGAUAUUGAUAAAAAAAAAUCAUGCAUGUUUUUUUAACUGAAGUUUUUCAUUUUCAUUGCAUUUAUAAAAAGCAUUUUCAAUCUCAAUUCAACUUUAUUCCAGAAAUCUGAUUUGAUAUGAUAAAACAUGUUUGUCACUGAAAUACAGGAAUUUGAUCACUAUAGUGCUGUAUUAUAUGCUUGUUGCGCAGCAGUUUGAGCAGCAUUCUUUGUAUGAAACAUACUAUAUAAAUAAAGUUAUUUAAAUUGG